AUGGUUUCAGAUUCUGCAAAACAAUCAUCUUCAACUAAUAAGAUGAAUGUACCAUUGGAUUUUAAUGAAAAACUUGAGAAAGAAACUUCUAGCCCACCAGGGAAGAAUUAUGCCCUGAGAGCCUGGUACGAGACGCUCACUCAACACUUGCUUGCCAACAGUUUUAUCCGAGGAAAGGUGGAUGCUACCCUCUUCACGAAGGAAGUCGAUGGUCAUCUUCUGCUCGUCCAAAUAUAUGUUGAUGACAUUAUUUUCGGGUCAACGAACGAAGAACUCUACAAAGAUUUCGAGAAAGUGAUGAAGCAGAAGUUCGAGAUGUCUUCAAUGGAGAUGAAGUUCUUCCUAGGGCUACAGGUCGAUCAAGUGUCUGAGGGAACCUUCAUACAUCAGACAAAGUACGUUUACGACGUUCUAGAGAAAUUUGGGAUGUCCGACACAGCACCAAUGUCUACCCCAUUAUCAACGAAUCAUGGUAUCAACCCUGAUCUCACCGGAGAGAAGGUCGACGAGACGCUAUACCGCUCAAUGAUUGGUUCACUGAUGUACUUGAUAGCAUCAGGGCCUGAUAUAAUGUACCCAAGUUGCCUCGCAACCCGAUAUCAGUCGAGUCCUAGAGCUCCGCACAUGUCUAUCGUCAAGAGGAUUCUACGCUACCUAAGAGGAACCCCAAGCCUGGGGUUGUGGUAUCCCAAAGAUGGUGACUUCACGCUCGAAGGAUACUCUGAUUCUGACUACGGUUGCUGCAAACUCAAUGCAAAAUCAACAACUGUAGGAUGCCAAUUCUUCAAACCCUGA